AUGCAGGAAGCCCAGCGUACACCAAAGCGCAGCUACACUGUCGCAACAAAGCAGGAAGUACUUGGACUAGUGGAAGCUGGCCUCGUCGACUACAAGAAAUGGGACAUCCUGGCCUACGACGGUAACAAAAAGCGCAAGAAGAUCGUCCCUGGUGGCCGUCCCGAAACCUUCCCCGACCCAGACGGACUCGUUCUGUUCAUGAACGAAAUGCGUGAACAAGAAAGAGCCCUGACGACAACACAUAUCGUCAAAUGGAUUAAGCGGCAUCAAGCGGACUGGCUGCGCUCCUACGUUGCGCGGAAGAAGCCAGGCGCCGGAUACCAAAGUCUGCUGAGCCUUCUUCAACGGUUCUGCCAUCGACACGGCUUCUCACGUCAACGGCCUGGGAAGAACAAGCAAAGCCAAGCUGCCUUGGUCGAGGUGCGCGACAAGUUUGCAGAGGAGUUCCACCGCGAGUACCGAGGGUCUGAAGCAUUUCUUCGAAUGACUGCCGUUCUCACCGUGCGUGCCAAUGGCGACAAGCUGCCAAUCCUCUUUGUCAUCCGUGGAGCUCCAGGCGGCCGCAUCGAAACGUCUGAACUGCCGCUGUUUCCACGUGGCCAUGUCUACGCUGUGCAGCAGAAGGCGUGGAUGUACAACACCGUGUGGAACUAUUACCUGCGGACGCUGCUUGCAAAUAACCUGUCCGACCACUCCGUUGUUCUACUCGACAACUUCGCGUCUCAUGUCAACGAUGACUCCUACCGUAUUGUCCACGAGGAGUUGGGUCGACAGCAACAUCGGUACUCCAACGGUCAACGAAAGGAGCUCCUAGCGGAGUUCCAUGCAUCUGACGCAAUCAGCGAGCGCCAGUUCUGUCGUGCAAAGCACAUCCCGUACUCGACGUGGCAAGGCUGGCGAUCGAAGGAAGACAAGAUCCUGGCAAACAAGAGACACAGCCGCUGCGCCACGAUGGGCGGUCAGGGAGCCAAGGAGAUCAUUCCAUUCAAGGAUGACCUGUUGGCAUUCAUGCGUAGCCGACGCGACGAAGAACGCUACGUCCGCGUGUUCCACCUCAUGCAAUGGGUCAAACAGUACCAGAAGACUUGGCUAGUCCAGUACUUGGCGAGCAAAAAAAGCGAGGCGGUGGAGUUCAAUUCGGUGACCCAACGAGUGCUAGACGAAGUGUCGUUGGGAUACGCCGCGUCGUUUUGGAGCAAGUACGCCCAGGACGACCGAAGCCAACCGUUGAACGUCGAUGAAACCGCCGUGUACUUUGACAUGCCCCCGGGGAAGACAUUGGCCGAAAUUGGCAAGUCAAGCAAGGUAGCGAACGGCGAGAAGCAUUCAGAUCGCCUGACCGCUGUCCUGACAAUUCGAGCAGACGGUACUUACCGUGUGCUCGAAUUGUAG